CCCAAAGAAAACCCCCCACCAAAUUAUGACCAACCGAAAUAUCGGCCACCUCAAAACCCCAAACUUGAGAAAGCUAAAACCCUAGCCCCAAAGAGCCAUAACGACGCUCAUGGCGACCCGACGGCGCCUCCAAGCUCUGACCCGCCACGCCUCCGCCUUCUUCUCCAAAAGCCCUUCAUUCCACUCCCUCCCACCUCCCCUCCCCAUCUACCAACCCCUCAAAACCCUCACCUCCAAUUUCUCCCUCAUUUCCUCCAGCCCCGAUCCCACUCGCUCACUUACCCGCCAUUUCUCGUCGAAACCUCGAAUCGGCGACGUAAAUGAAGACAAUGAGCACAGUGAAGAGGAGGAAGACGACGACGACGACGACGAAGAAGUUGGGGACAGUGAGGACGAGAGUGCUUACCGAUGCAGCGGUUCGAAAAGAGAGUAUACUCCAGAGGAAAAAGUGGCGGAGGCCGCCACCAUUGGGUACCAAGUGAUUGGACCGCUUCAGAGGUCUGAUCGGGUUUUCAAGCCGGUUUUCGCGGUGGUUCAGGUUGGUUCACAUCAGUUCAAGGUUAGCAACGGGGACUGCAUUUUCACAGAAAAGUUGAAAUUCUGCGAAGUGAAUGAUAAGUUAGUAUUGAACAAGGUUCUCAUGCUGGGCUCAAGUAGUCAGACAAUAAUUGGUAGGCCCAUAUUACCAGAUGCAGCAGUUCAUGCGGUUGUUGAGGAGCACGCAUUAGAUGCAAAGGUAAUUAUUUUUAAGAAAAAGAGGAGGAAGAAUUACCGUCGAACCAAAGGACAUCGCCAGGAAUUGACUAAGUUGAGGAUAGUUGAUGUUCAAGGAAUUGAGAAACCAGAGCCUGUAGUCACUGAAAAGCCUCCAAAGGCUCCAAAGGCACCCGGUAAGAAAACGGAAAAGGUUGCAGUUGCUGCUUAGGAUAGACAUUCACUAUGGCUGAACAUUAGCAAUAAUGGCACUCUGCUCAUAAUGUUGUGCUUUUAUGGUGAGCAUAAUCAGAUUCCUACGUUGCUCCACGCACAGUUUUGGCUGUCAUUCGAAAUAGAAAAUUUAGAAUUUAACCGGGGUGGUGGUUGUAGGAUUUGUGUCCCAAAUUUUUGCCAAUUUUAUCUUCUGUAUUUAGGAGUGCAAAUUAUGAAAUCCCCCUAGCUGAUUGAAUCGGUCUUGCUCCUCAUGAUCUUUAGUAAUCUUUUGUUUGUGCUCA